AUGGCUGACUUGUACUCAUGGUAUUCUGUGUUAUUGGCCGCACUAACGGUCAUCUUUCUAUGGUGGGGGAGCAAGAAACAAUGUGACUCUCCAUUGGAAGACUUUGACUUUAACAAGGCCGAGCCAGUGCAGACUCGACCAUGGAAACCCAAGUUUCACCUCACCAUGGGCCUUGAGAAAUGCGCGUUCUCGGACAUCAUGCCUAUUGACAAAACCUUGGAAGAGAGACUUGCUCUUCGACGCAAGAUUGUUACUGAACAUUCCGAUAUGGUCAUUGCUUCUGAAUCAUGCUCGGAGGCUGCCGUCAAGGAGUUUUACGAGUGGAUGGUCAAAACAUACCUACCACGGCGUUUUCCGUCUCUUUACCGUUUGGAGGGGGAUGUACUUGUCGGCCCAGCAUCAACUAAACUCCCGCUCGACCCGCCCAAUGAUGUCGAUCAAGUACUCCGCCUACUUGCUGAGAGCAUCGACGCAGAGCUGUUCUUUCUUAAGAGGCAAGGUGACACUUACGUUGCAAAAGCACUCAUUCUUUGCUAUGCUUUCUCCUUUAACCCUUCUCUAAAAUUGAACAAAACCUUGGCGGAGAUUCAUGGCCCUGUACCUGGAUACAAGGAGAAACUUGAGAGGCCUAUGAAUCGCUACUUCACUUCCUUACCAAAGGGCAAAGUUGCCAAACGGCACAACUGGAACAUAUCCAUUGGCCGCGACCUUUUUGUACCGAGGGAAAAUCCAUUGACUAUUUUGUCAUUGUGGUUGAUGGACUGGAUCAAGACGGUCCUUGAGUGGCUUGGUAUCGAGGUGUUGAAGAUGAAGAGUGCUGAUUUGGACCCUGAGGAAAUGAACGUUCGGUGUGAGAGGCAAACGCUUCAUAGAUUGAUGGAGAAUGAAGACACGUUGGUAUUUACUUUUAAGACGUAUCAGUACCCUCUGAGGCAGAUUCGAGACGAGGGAGGAGGCCCGGCGUUAGCUGAAGCGAUACGGGGGAUCGAUCGUAGGAGUGUGCCUCAGAUCGCGUGGUACAAGGCUUCGAUGUAUUGGGAACAAGCUGUUGUGCAGUACCUUCUUGAUGAAAGUUCUAAAUAA